AUUGACGUUCUCUGUCAGAAUCCAGGAAGUGGGUCGGUGGCCGUUGUUUGUGUUCCUCGCUCAAGAUCUCGGUGCCUGUUUCUUUUCUCGUUUAAAGCGUCCACGGGCCGAAAUGGCAACGUUUAUUUCAGUCCCGUUGAAAAAGUCCUCCGAGGUUGAUCUGGUGAAGCCGCUGUCGAAGUUUGUUACAGCCUCGUAUCCAGCGGGGGACGAGCAGUCAGAGUACCUUCGAGCCGUGGAGGAGUUGAACAAGCUCCGCAAGAGCGCGCUGGGAAGGCCGCUCGACAAACACGAGAGCUCCCUGGAAAUCUUACUGAGAUACUACGAUCAACUGUGUUCUAUUGAGCCCAAGUUUCCCUUCUGUGAAAACCAGCUCUGCCUAACUUUUACAUGGAAGGAUGCCUUUGAUAAAGGAUCUCUGUUCGGUGGCUCCGUCAAGCUCUCACUGGCCAGUCUGGGUUAUGAGAAGACAUGCGUGUUGUUCAACUGUGCAGCUCUGGCCAGUCAGAUCGCCACAGAGCAGAACAUCGACAACGACGAGUGUCUCAAAGCUGCCGCUAAAUACUAUCAGUUGGCCAGUGGAGCGUUUAGUCACAUCAAGGACACAGUGCUGUCUGCGCUGAGCAGAGAGCCGACCAUGGACAUCUGUCCUGAGACCGUAGGAACUCUGAGCACCAUCAUGCUGGCCCAAGCCCAGGAGGUUUUCUUCCUCAAAGCCACUUCAGACCGGAUGAAAGAUGCUGUGAUUGCAAAGUUGGCCAAUCAGGCCGCAGAUUUUUACGGCGAAGCCUUCAAGCAGUGUCAAUACAAAGACAACCUUCCAAAGUAUUUUUAUUUUCAGGAAGUGCUGCCUGUGCUGGCAGCCAAGCACUGCAUCAUGCAGGCCAACGCCGAGCUGCAUCAGAGCAUCCUUGCCAAGCAGAAGAAGCGUUUUGGGGAGGAAAUUGCUCGUCUGCAGCACGCAGCAGAGCUGGUGAAGACCGUCGCAUCUCGCUACGAUGAAUACGUGAGCGUGAAGGACUUGACUGACAAGAUCAACCGAGCGCUCACUGCCGCCAAGAAAGACAACGACUUCAUCUACCAUGACCGCGUUCCCGAAGUCAAAGACCUGGAGCACAUCGGCAAGGCAGCGCUGGUCAAAGCUACUGCUAUCACACCUCCACUCAGCCAGAAAUUCACAGAUCUAUUUGAGAAGAUGGUUCCCAUGGCCGUUCAGCAAUCCAUGGGCAUCUACGGUCAGAGGAAGGCCGACACUGUGAACAGACUGGUGGGAACGAUGAGGGAGGCCACCAAUCUCUGCAACGGGGUGUUGGCCUCUCUGAACCUGCCUGCUGCCCUGGAGGAUCUGUCUGGAGACUCUAUCCCACAAUCCAUCGCUGAGAAGUCCAGAUCAAUCGUGGGGCAAGGAGGACUGCAGAACAUCGAGAAGCUCAUCAGAGACCUGCCUGAGCUGCUGACUCGCAACAGAGAGAUCCUGGACGAGUCUUUGAAAAUGCUGGACGAUGAGGAGACAACAGACAACGAGCUGAGAAGCAAGUUCAACCAGCGCUGGAACAGAACCCCGUCUGGAGAUCUGUACAAGCCGCUUCGUGCAGAGGGCACCAACUUCCGCAACGUCCUGGACAAGGCAGUGCAGGCCGACCAGGUGGUAAGGGACCGCUACAACGCCCAGUGCGACAUGAUCGCCCUGCUGUGUAAACCCGAGAACGAGCUCAACGCCGCCAUCCCCUCGGCCAACCCCACCAGGACUCUGCAGGGCAGCGAGGUUGUGAACGUGCUGCGCUCCCUGCUGGCCCAGCUGGACGAGGUGAAAAAAGAGAGGGAGACGCUGGAGGGGGAAAUCAAAGCCGUGACGUUCGAUAUGUCGACCGCCUUCCUGAAGGCGCUCGCCCAGGACGGAGCCAUAAACGAGGAGCAGCUGUCGCUCUCCCAGCUCGACCAGUCGUAUGGGAGCUACAACCACAAAGUGUCGGCCAGCCUCUCCAAGCAGGAAGAGCUGCUGGGGCAAGUUCAGACGGCCCACCAGGAGUUCAGCAGCCUGAAGCAGUCCAACAACGAGGCCAACCAGAGGGAGGAGGUCCUGAAGAAACUGGCUUCCGCACACGACAGCUACGUCGAGAUCUGCAACAACCUGCGCGAAGGCACCAAGUUCUACAACGACUUGACAGAAAUCCUGCUCAAGUUCCAGAACAAAUGCAGCGACAUCGUUUUCGCUCGCAAGACAGAGCGCGAUGAGCUGCUCAAGGAGUUGCAGCAGAGCAUCGCCCGAGAGCCCAGUGCUCCAUCCUUCAACGUCCCCGCCUACCAGUCCACCCCGGCAGCCCCAGCUCUCGCCCCGGGUCCGACCCCUGCUCCCAGAACCGUCUUUGCCCAGCAACCUCAGCAAGUCCAGCAGCAGCCCCAGCAAAAACCUCAGCCUCCCUCUAGGCCACCUCCACCCAGCUUCACUCCUCAGGCAGCCUCCGCCACCCUCGCUGCCCCAACACCCACUGGGCCUCCUACCAGUAACCCUCCACCUGCAGCACCUCCCUCACAGGCACAAGGACCACCUUAUCCCACCUACCAAGGCUACCAAGGAUUCUACCAGAUGCCUAUGGGCUACAACCCCUACGCUUACGGCCAGUACAACAUGCCCUACAUGCCCUACCAGGCCGCCCCGGGGCAGGGCGGAUUCCCCGGAGCGCCCCCUGCAGGACAGCCCUACCCUGGCUACCCACAGCAGCCCCCCCAGCAGCAGCCCUACUACCCCCAACAAUAACUCUGCUCUUCAUCCCCCUCAUUCAUCUUCUCACAUGUUAACACCAAAUAAAAAAUAUCCUCAGCAAUAACACUUCAUUUCAAUCAUCCCCUCUUCAUCUUAAACUUUAGUUUGUUUUUUCUCACCAACAGCAGCUGCAGGACAGGGGACCUCAGAGCUGCUUUGCACUUUUUUCCAAAUAAAAUGAUUAACUUCAGUAAUUUCAAAUCCCCUUUUAAUUUAAUUUUGCCUUUCCUUUUUUUUUCAGUCUUUGAACAGCACUUUUUCUAAACUAGUCCGUCUUUCUCCACUCCACUAAUCCCAGCCACUUUCCUCCUGAGGUUUUCUUCUGUUGUCUUUUCUAGCGGUUUAGUUGAUUAAUUUAAACUCUAACUUGUUCCCGCCGAUACUGACUCCUUGAAUGAGCUGGACUGCUGUACAAACACUCAUGGACGAAUCUCUGAUAGGCUCCUGGUUUGGAGGGUUGUCUUUAUUGUCUGGGUGAGUGGUCAUUUCAAGUCACUCCCUCGCUCAGUUAAUCAAACUUCACUGCUUCUCUAUCAACUAUAAUCCUAUUUUUGUAAUGAAUACUGAUGCCUCACUCAUGUAUAAAAGCAGAUGGCCCUGAAGGUUUUUCUACUGUAGGUGAUGACGGAUGACCUUUCUGUUUAUUUUCUUUUGCCCAGGGAAUGUGGGUUUAUUUCUGUGUUACAAUCAGAGGCUGUACAAGUGGGAGAGAUGAUGAUUAUUAUAUAAAUAUAUGUAUAAAUAAAACUCUGUAUGUGGUUAACUAAAAAUAUCUGUGUGCUGCCCUCUCAUCCUAUGUUUUUAUUUUUAUUCUUCAGCUCUAAUGUGAUUAAAAAAGACAACAACCAGU